GCGCGGACCUAUCGACCAGCUAACCCUCCGGGUAACACCCUCGCGAUCCUCGGCCGAGGCUCACUGCUUCACCGGCAAACUAGUAGGUAGUACACGCACGCGACACAGAUUUCAACUUGGAUUGUUUAGUUUCUCCUUCCUCACCUCUCUUAUUUCAUCCUUUCCUUUCGGAUUACCUUACGUUCAACUGUUAUUCCACAAACUCGGCAAGGGAACGCAACAUCUCGUUCGAACAUCGUCGAGCGAACAGAUCACAACGAGACGACGCCCUCUUUCCGGUAAUCCGCCGCGUUUUCGAGAAAGUGACAGACAGGAGGAGAGCGUACCGCGCCCGCACCCGAACACACCGACAAAGCGGAAUUCUGCGGUUUUCGCGAGGAGGACGAGGUCGGUGUUAAACCAGCAAGAUUACCGGCCGCGGCGGUUGCGCCAAAUACUGUGGUACAGCUACUUCACCCGGCAACAUUUCAUUCUCCAGCUUUCGACAGUCCUUCACCUCCAAUGUUAACUACCUGAAACGGAGUUUGUCUUCCAGGUUCUCGUCAGGGGAUUUGAGCUCGGAGCUCGACGAUGAACCAAGCACAGACUCCGGGCUGGCCUCCAUGGCCAGGGAUUCGUCGUCCCAAUCGUAUCAAGCGGUGCCCGAACGCCCGUUGCAGUCCCAACCUACGCCGGUUCCGCCGGCCAGCCAGCCGCCCGUGCCCGGGGCACCGCCGCCCGGAGCCCCACAACCCGUCGGUGGCGACCUCAGUCUCAACCUGAGACCCGGCUCCAGAACCACCAGUGCUCCAUCCUCGCCUGCCAAGACCAGGGAAAGUUUGCUCCAGAGGGUUCAGAGCUUGACAGGGGCUGCUCGCGAUCAGGGUGCAUCGAUUCUGGGAGCGGCAGUGUCAGGUGCAACCAGAGGGCCCUCUUACAACAAAGAUCGAUGCUUCACGUUGCUGGUCAUAGACGACCAAAACACCGACUGGAGCAAAUAUUUCCGGGGUCGUAGGCUUCACGGUGAUUACGAGAUCCGCGUCGAACAGGCGGAAUUUCGGGAAUUGUCGUUGACGGCCAGCGAGACUGGCACCGUUGUGUCCAUGGCGGUUUAUCGUAACGGGACCAAAGUCAUCCGAUCCUUCAAGCCCGAUUUCGUUCUGAUACGACAAAACCUAAAGGACGCGGGAGAAGAUUACAAGAAUCUUCUUCUCGGUUUGAUGUACGGCGGUGUGCCGAGCGUUAACAAUCUCACGGCAAUUUACAACUUUCAGGAUAAACCUUGGGUGUUCGCGCAUCUUCUGGGACUUCAACGUCGUUUAGGAAAGGAUAACUUCCCGUUGAUAGAGCAAACUUACUAUCCCAACCAUCGCGAAAUGGUGAGUGCAUCUCGUUAUCCAGUCGUGGUGAAACUUGGACACGCCCACGGAGGAGUGGGAAAAGCCCGUGCCGAGACGAAUCAAGAGUUUCUAGAUCUCGCCUCUUUGGCUGCUUUGGCCAACGCUUACUGCACGUCGGAACCGUAUGUCGAUACCAAAUACGACGUCCACGUGCAGAAAAUAGGCAAUAACUACAAGGCGUUCAUGCGGAAGAGCAUAAGCGGAAACUGGAAAUCUAACACCGGUUCGGCGAUGUUGGAGCAAUUAGCCGUGAGUGAAAGACAUCGCGCCUGGGUCGAUCAGGUGGCCCAAUUGUUCGGCGGGUUGGACAUCUGCGCGAUCGAGCUGUUGGUCGGCAAGGAUGGCCGAGAAUACAUAAUCGAAGUGAACGAUAGCGCGUUAUCGUUAAUGGGAGACUCGCAGGAGGAAGAUCGUCGUCACAUCGCCGAUCUCGUCACCGCCAAAAUGCAGGCAUUUUGCCGGCCGCCGAGCGUUUUGACGAAAACAACAUCGAGAGGAUCGAUGUCCGGCUCGAGCCAAGCGACGAGUCCCGUCGAGGAUCGCGCCGUACCGCCAACAGCUCCCUUGGGAUCGCACGGGAGCAUGGGAUCGAUGGCUAGCAUAGGAAGCUUGGGUUCGGUAGGCUCGAUGACGGCAGUGGCCGGCGACGUAACCACCUCUGACAGCCACCAUCAGCUGCAACGACGCGACUCCCAAGCAUCGCAAUCGAGUACAGUGAGCAGCGCGCCGUCGGUCGGUCGACGCCAAGACGAAGCUCCAACAUCGAGAGUACCUUUCCACAGACAAGGUAGCCAAUCACAGAGCGAGGACACCGAGGAUACCAUGAAGAAUCUUCGGAAAACGUUCGCAGGAAUCUUUGGGGACAUGUAAAUUUUUGGGACGAAUUUUUGUGCACUGAAACAAAGGAGGCGAAGAAUCGUUAUUAGAAAUUUAAAUUGGUACGAAGUUAAGAAACGUGCUAUAUUCGAUGAAUCAUAUUUCUUUUCUUGUUCUUUUAUAUUAUUAGAUAUGGAUAGUAUUCGUAAUUACGAGGAUUUUUUUUUUCUUCCUUUUUUUGGGGAAAUAAAAUUGAUAGUUUUUUUUUGGGUCGAUUCGGAAUGAAUUAUCGGAAUGGAUCGAGAAUGGAUUGAACGAGGCACGACGAGGAUAUAUUUGCAGAUCGUCAAGCUGAUUUAAACGACGCUCGCGUCCCACACCGGGCGCUGUGUAACGAUGUAAAUUUUGCUAACGGUCCACGGCGAUGUGUAUAAACCUAAACAUAACUCUUUGAAAUCUCAUUUGACAACAACUCGUUUCUCGAUUAAUUUCUCUCUUAUCCUUGAAUUAAUUAAAACGAAAAGAGAACUUAUUCUCCUUCUAGAAAUUCUCGCUAAUCGCUAUUAUACCCAAUACUUAAUUAUUAUUAUUAUUAAUAAUCUUAAAUACCGCGUAAUUAAAACAUCGGUUUCGAAUAUUAUUAAUACUAACGUAUUUUCGAUAAGGGGUGGGUGAGCAAAAAUUAAACGGGGGUUUAAAAAAAAAAAAAAAAGAUAAAGUCGUGGUCGUUUAUGUAUAUUAAAAAAAAAAAAAGAGUAAAAAACAAAAAAAAAAAUAAAUCGUAUAGUAGAUUCUAUGUAUUCGAGGUAUUAUUCAGCAUUAUUACAACAUAGUUGGUUAGGGAAAAUUCUCUCAGGUUAAAAAAAAAAAAAAAAGAAAUGAUUAAAAAAGGGGGGAGGGAAAAUAAUAACGAUAACAAUAACAAUAAUAAUAAUAAUAAUAAUAAUAAUAAUAAUAAUAAUAAUAAUAAAAAUGAAUACUUUUCCAAGUGUGUCCGGUUAUGUUUCGUUACCAUCGACGUAUCCGUUCUGCAUACACUCGUCUCGUUUACGGGAACUCCGCCACUUGGUUUUUCGAUUCCAACAGGCAACAGAUACCAUAGGCCCCUGUCAUCUCCUCAUCCGACUUUACUUCAGGCGUCCACUUUUUAGGCUUAACUUUCGAUUAAUAGCAUUGUCUAAAGGCGAGGGAACGGGAAAGUGAAGGGGAGG